AUGGAGGAUGAUAAACGUUAUACCCGAAAACGAGAGAGAUUUAAAGUCUAUACAUGGAAAUAUAAAAAAACUAUUACACCUAUCGCAUCUUUCGUUCUUCUAGUCAACCAAAUUUUCGGUUACGGUAUGGAUAUAAUUCCAUCAGUUGUGCAGGAGAAUGGUUGGAAAAGGGUAUUCCUAGUCAACUUGUUAACCUGUGUUUUUAUCUCAUUUUCAUCACUAAUGCUGUUAAAGGCUAUUACGCUGAUUCCUAACAACAGUAACUUCCAACAACGCAUAGAAUAUAACACUUUGGUACGGUAUUACCUAUCAGACGUGACCUUUAAAGUAGUGUCAAUCGUUCACUACGUUGGAGAUUUCUGUACUAUAAUAGUUGGGAUAAUUACAUUUUCCAAGUUAAUAGAUCUGAUGUUAAUUAAGUUGACAGGGUUUACAGUAAUUUUACAGUUGUAUCCUGAGUUUACUGUACGCCGUAUUGGCGCUAAACUUUUCAUGUAUAUUUAUGAAGCUGUGGAUAUGGAGUAUAAAUUUGGUAUCUUUGGAAUCACUCUUGGAUAUUUAAUUUGUUGUCUAAUUUGUGUUAAAUUAGCCUCGAGCUCACUACAGGAAACUACUAAAUAUCAUAUGGUAUCUUUUUUCGUAUUACUUGUGUCAAUUGGUACUUUCACGGUAUAUAACGGGGCACAGUCUAGAUCAAUCCCUAGCUCUCAAAAGGUAAACGGAAAAUCCGGGAGUCUAGUGAACAUAGUAUUGAUAUUUGUGGAAAAUUAUAAUAUCAGUAGUAUACUCCCGACCUGGGCUAAUGAGAUGAGAAAUGAUGUAAAUCCAACCCAAAUUGUCUGGAUUUCCUGUUUAUUCUCGUUUUUAGUUUAUUUAUUAUUUGGGAUUAACAAGGCGUAUGCUGUUACAGGGUCAAUAUUUGACGACAUGAUUAACAGUAAUAGAAAUCCUUUAAUUAACACUUGUAUAGUAUUAUUCGUACUGCUUACAAUUAUACCUGACGUUGUGUUUAAUUGCAUUUCCAUGAGGUAUAAUUUGAGGAAUCUCGGAUAUGAACGGCACUUCUUCGUGUCAUCCGUGUUGCCAUUUUUAUUCUCAUUUUUACUACUUAAUAAUAGUUUGUUUCAAGGGUUUCUCAGCUACGUUAACGUGUUCACUCUCGUGACUUGUAAUUAUAUUAUUCCGAUAACUUUAUACUUGAUUUCUAAUGAGGAGGAGACGGAAAAGGGAGAAAAGUUUGAGAGGAAACGGAAUGUAAUUAAUAGAAUUAUCAAGACCAUUUCACUCCUGUCAAUGACGUCAACCAAUUCAAUAGUGAAGUCUUUUUCCAAAAAUUCCCUACUCAAAUCCUUUUCCAGGAGUUCACUACUCAAAUCCAUGUCAAACAGUUCACUACUCAAAUCCUUUUCCAAGAAUUCUCUACUCAAAUCCAUGUCAAACAGUUCACUGCUGAAAUCCCUGUCAAAAAGUUCAUUGAUGAAGUCUUUGUCGAAUAGUUCACUUGGGAAAUCGUUGUCAAGUAGUUCAAUUGCCUCUUCAAUUGCCAGAUCAAUCUCCUCCAACUCCAUCGCAAACUCCAUUGCCAGAUCCAUGACCAAAACCAUAACAAGUUCUAUGACCAAAACUAUAACAAGUUCUAUGACCAAAUCUAUGAGCAAAUCAAUGAGUAAAUCUAUGAGUAAAUCUAUGAGUAAAUCUGUGUCAAAAUCUGUAUCAGGUUCGAUAUCGAAAUCUAUGAGUGGGAACGAGUUGAAGGAGGAGAAGAUAAAUUAUGAAUCAUUUAAGAUAAUAAGAAAUUCGAAGGAUUUGUAUAGUAUAAAUCAUGACUUGUUUAACGCUAUAAACAGGCCCUCGAGGGUAAUUUACACCAAUGAAAUUAGUUACUCGUUUGUAACAAAGGGAAGCGACGAGAGUCUCGCAGAGACUAAAAAUAACAAGUGGUUACUCUCAGAACGUAUCGUCGUGUUUCCAAAGUGUAUCAACAAGUAUCACCUCCUAAUCUCCAAAUCAAUGCUAACCAUCGUCAUUCUCAUAGUCAUCCUACAACCAAUACUUUUCAUGAAAUUCAAUACCUAA